UUCUUCUUUCUACCUUCUUCCUCACCCUCAUCUCCUACAAUAGUCGUGUCCUCAACAUCAGCUUCGACUUCAGCCUUAACCUUCUACCGCCGCAACUACAACAGCAGCAACUACAACGACAGUAGCAGCAGCAACAUCACCAUCACCAACCCUCAUCAGGAUCUUGGAACACCAACAGCCCCGGUCUAUAAUCGAGAUGAGCAUGGUUGAACUCGGCCGCUCCUACGAUCCUCAUCGACCUAGCCAAUACUCUCAUAGUCAUCGAGGGUCACCGCAUCUUCAACAUUUGGAUCAUUCUUCGGUGCACUCGACGCCCUCUCCGCCAUAUCAAUAUGCCCCUUUGCCCAUGAUCUCACAGCAGCAACAGGCCCCGCCGCCACCAACAAGGCCGACCCCAACAUCAUACCCAUCUCCUGCUUCUUACCCGUCACCGUCCAUGUCUGCAUACCAGCAUCCUUCUGGGCUGCAGCAGCAACAACAACCAGGCUCUCGGGGGUCACCAUAUCCCCAGCCUAUUUCGUUACCGUCGUUAAAUCUUCCGCCAAUACGGCUGAAUCCUCCUGCUCAACUACCCCCACCACCACCUCCGCAACAACAGCAGAUCGAUUCUCCUUUGAUGGGCUCACCAUUACCUCAACCCCCCCAGCCUCUUCAUGGAUACUAUCCACAACAUGGAUUGCAGCCAUCUUCUCACCCAACUCACCCUAGCAAUAUCACGUCUUCCCCGAGAGAAGCCUUGCGUUAUCAAUUGCCUUCGGCAAACAACGAGCGUAUCAUGUCUGGUGGGAGGCAUAAGAAAGAGAUUAAACGAAGGACUAAGACUGGUUGUUUGACGUGCCGAAAAAGGAGAAUUAAGUGUGACGAAGCACAUCCUACGUGUAAAAAUUGUGCAAAGAGCAAGCGGGAUUGUUUAGGAUAUGAUCCCAUUUUCAAAGCACAGCCGGGGCCCGCAGCCAUACAGCCUGCUCCCUCGAUAGGAGGUGGGCAGAAUUGUGCACAGACGAAUUCCACAGCAACUAGCUCACCAACGUCAGAAGUCUAUGAGUAUCCCGCGAUAGAUCCGGCUCUUGAUGCUCCCAUUAUGGGGAAUCCUCCGAUGUUACCAGAGUCCCAAGGAACCUUCAGACCGGAAUUGAAACGGUCUCUAGACAGGGCCAGUCCUCCUUCUUCAGGAUCUGAUACUACUAACAGAGUUACCCCAAUACCUCGUUCAACCACCCCUGGUCAGGGCAGGCUGCAGGACAAUCCGGGUGGAAACCCUGCGAAAAGAAUCAAGAUUGAUGACCUCCUAUCUGUUGUCUCAAGCUCCCAGCCCCUCACACCCCCAUCCAGCGAAACAGCACUUUAUGCCACUCCCUCAACUACGGUUGAGGAGAUGAAGACUCUCUAUAGGUCACGGUAUGCUCCAGCGUUGGACAGGUUUUUGGAAACAGGAUGGUUUAUGGGGCCGGGUUUGGCGAAGGUUACCUCGGAUAGCCAUUUGGUGGAACUGAUGGCUGAGAUUUUUGAGAGGUUUCGGGUUCGGGGGGGUUCAUUCGUGCAGGAAGAGGAUCCUAGCAUUGGGAGGAAAGGAAAGAGUGCUGGUAUUUUAUGGGCAGGGGUUAAAAUGGUUUACGGAACGAGCAUUCCCGCCGCCGAUAACCGCCAAGAUGAGGACGAGGGCGAUUUCCGGGAUGAGGGUGGUGCGGAAACCCUGCGUAGAAUCAAUAUCGUGGAAGCACUUGUUACAGGACAGCCCCUGGAACCCAUGCCUGAGUCCCCAAGAGUCACAUCUGCAGACAAGAUCACCGAGGAUAGCCCGACAACGUUGUUUUGGAGGUUUUUGGGCAGGGUUGUUGCAGCAAGAGGGGGAGAUUCUGAGAUUAAUAGACAGAUCGAUAACGCCUUUGCAGAUUGCAAACAAUUUAUUGAAGGAAAGGAGACUCGCAAGUUGCUUUUAGCGAUUGCGGAGGCACGGCAUCUGGGAAGCAGUCCACCUUAUGACACACUUGCGGAUCCGGCGAUAGCGGAAGAUUCUACACACUCCUUAGGCUCUCUGAGGUCAUACAUCGAGGGUGUUGCGAAAGGAAUAAUUGAGUCUGGGUCGUCCUUGAGCCGUCGGAUUGCUGGUCGUGCGGUGGGACAGUGGAAGGAGGCUAUCACGGAUACGCCUUUCUUGCGUUGAUGGUUGAGCGGUGUCCGGUUUUGGUAUUACUUACGCGAGACACGAAAUUUUAUGAAUACGAAGCAGCUUAGAAAAAAAAGUUUCGGGAGGUUAUCUGAUUUUCUGCGUUGGCAUUUGUUUUUUGUUUUUGCUUUUUUCUGUCUUAUUCAUCAGCAUGGGAUAAAUGUCAGUUGGGCGGUUUGUGUUUUUUUUUUUGCACAAUGGCCUCGCAUCUAAGUGGUUAUUUUGGUUUGUGUUCUGCCUGCUCCAUUCGCUUUUGCUUUCUCGUGUCACUAGCUUUUUCAUCAUUUCUUACCA